AUCAACCCCUCAGCAUUAACAAUCCCCUUCACGAAACUCUAAAAAUUAGCUACUGAAAUUUGGCAAAAUGGAAGCCAAGUUUCUUGAUGUUCCGAUCACUCUCUUGAAGAGUCAAUGAAGUCACAAUUAUGGACCUUCCAAGUGUGGCAAUGCUGGAAAUUCUUUCAAGAUUAUCAAUCAAGUCCAUUUUCCGUUGUAAGACUGUUUGUAAACUCUGGUAUCGUCUUUUAACUUCUGACCCCUUAUUUGUUAACAUGUAUCACACAAGAUUAUCUAAUUUUCCCAGCAUUUUGCUUUUGAUUAAUGGCUCUGUCCAGCUACUUGUGGAACUCAAAGCAGAUGAUUCUCACCCGCUACACAGAGCCAUUGUGUUGAGCCCUGAAUUUCACCUCCCUCCACUGGAACAUAUGUCUUUAAUUGGUUCAUGUAAUGGGUUUAUUUGCUUGUUGAAUAAUUAUUAUACUAAAAACCAUUCAGUUUACAUUAACAAUCCUCUUUUGGGGGAGUAUUUCAAAGUUAAAUUGCCCGAAUGGGAGAGAAAUGUUUGCCAUGUUGCUUACGGAUUCUGCUUUAGGAAAGCCUUUGGACAGUAUAAAAUAUUGAGAUUAGUAAUUAGAAAGUUCCGUUGGGAUCUUCCAAAAGUAGCAGAAUUAGAGGUCUAUACUGUUGGAGUUGAUAAGAAAUGGAGAAAUGUGGGCGAAGUUCCCUGUCCAGAUCAUCUAAGGGAAUCAUUUGAUAAUGUUAAUGUCAAUGGUGUUGUUCACUGGCUUGAAAAUUGUACCAGCAUUUACUCAUUUAAUAUUGGUACAGAAGAGGUGAAGCCCCUGCCAACUCCACCUGGUUUGAAAACUGCAUCUUGGUAUUUGACACUGGCAGAGUUGGGGAAUUGUCUGUGUUUGUCUGAUAAUAGCCAUAGUCAAUAUGUUGAUAUAUGGCGGAUGAAAGAGUAUGGAGUAGCUGAAUCUUGGACUAAAUAUUGCAUUUUGAAGGAUAGUAUUCAACUAGAUAUUCGUAAUGACAGAUUUGACUUGGGAAAAUGGUGAAAUCUUGAUGCAAAGAGAUCUUGGCACACAUGUAGUUUCUUACAACCAAAAAGAAAACAAGUUUAGGA